GUGCUGGGGAAGGGGACGUGUAAGGGUGGCCACCAGGUGCUGAGCUGGGGGGUCCCCAUGGAGGCGAUGCCGGCGACGGUUCCCCCGCAAAGCGCCGCUGGGCACCAGCGGGCAGCCGGCUGCUGCCGGGGGUCUGCAGGGCUGCCCCCCCCGGGGCGUUGCACCAAGGGGACAGUCCUUGGGGCGGCUGGGGACGCGUGUCCAGCCCGGCCCCGGCGCGGCAGCUUGCCUUACAAGGAGUUUGGCUGGGGCCCGAGCGGUGGGAGCAGCGCUCGCCUCCGCCUGCCUCAUUCAUUGGGAGCGCGGGCGGCGCAGGGGCCGCUGCUCCCCCAGCCCCGCCGUGGCCUCCACGCACCCGGCGAGCUCCGGCCUCGGAGUCACAGGACCCAGGAUGUCCUCGAUGUUCGGCAAGCCCCGGGCUGGAGCCGAGCGGCCGCCCCAGAGCCCCCUCGCCGAGUGCAACGUGGCCAUCCUGGGGUGCCGAGGGGCCGGCAAGUCAGCUCUGACAGUGAAGUUUCUGACCAAGAGGUUCAUCAGCGAGUAUGAUCCCAACUUGGAGGACACCUACACCUCGGAGGAGCUGGUGGACCAGCAGCCCGUGCUGCUGAAGGUGAUGGACACCGCCGACCAGGACGGCCCCGGGAACUGCGAGCGCUACCUGCGCUGGGCCAACGCCUUCCUCGUGGUCUACAGCAUCGACGACAGGGAGAGCUUCGAGGGCUGCCGCCGCUACCUCGACGUCCUCGCCCGGCACGCGCGGGGCUGCCAGCACGAGAGCCCCGUGCUCCUGCUGGGCAACAAGCUGGACAUGGAGCAGUACAGGCAGGUGACCAAAGCCGAAGGGAUGUCCCUGGCCAGCAAGUUCGGGUGCCUUUUCUACGAGGUGUCGGCGUGCCAGGACUUCGCGGCGGUGCAGCACGUCUUCCACGAGGCGGUGCGGGAGGUGCGGCGCGAGGCGGAGCGCAGCGUGCCCCUCCGGCCCCUCUUCAUCGCCGAGGAGCGGCCCUGCCUGCACGUGGCCACCCCGGCCACCUUGGCCACCCGGCAAGGGCUGGCCAGCUGCACCCUCAACACCCUCUCCACCGUCAACUACAAGGAGAUCCCCUCGGUGGCCCAGGCCAAGCUGGUCACCGUCAAGUCCUCGCGGGCUCAGAGCAAGAGGAAAGCGCCCACGCUCACCUUGCUGAAAGGCUUCAAGAUAUUUUAAGGCGCGUCCCUGCACAAGGGAGCAGCGAGAGAUCCCCGUCCCCCGGCUCUGCGAGGGGCUGGGAGCAUCAGGAGUGGGGACCUUGUCCCGGAGACACGUGCACAGCCCUGCCUGGGCGAUGCAGCUGCGGAUCUGGGCACCUCCCGGGGCCGAGAAGCAUCGCUGGGAGGGCGAGGGCUGUCCCCAGGGGCAGCCAGCGGGCCUGGGCAUCUGCAGAUGGAUGAGGCCACGCGCUGGAUGGAGUCCAUCAGGCAGAGAUGGGGAGCCCAGGAAGGGUGAAUGAAUCCCCAGACAUAGAGGAGCCCGUGUCGUUCACCUGACAGGUCCCCUCGCCGAGCAAUAAGUAAGAGGAAUUUCUUUUUUAAUCUGAACGAGAAAGUGGCGGAUAAUGUUACAGCCGACCAAAGGUCUCAGGUGUCCUAAAAUUGAUUCCCAUGCAUUGAAAUAAGUCAUACCAAAAUAGCUUCUUUUUUUUUUUAACCAACUUUUCUACGACAGUGUUCCUUUUCAAAGGCUUUGCAAGGAGAGAUGCUUCACUGACCAGGACGCAUUCCUAAAAGCUUCUGUUUAAAAGACUGAUGUGAUGUACUUCCCAAAUGUCUUAAAUUAUUUCAUGGCCUCUGUGUGUGCCC